AUGAGUGUCAAAGACUAUGAGGCUCGAUUUUCACAACUGUAUCGGUUUUUCUGGCCGAUGGAUGCAGAAAAGUUGGCUCGUAGGUUCGAACAAGGACUGAACUACGAGAUCAGGGAGAGGGUGAUUAUCCUUCGACUGCCUACUAUGGCAAUGAUAUUGGAUAGGGCUAUGGCAACCGAGCGGGAACUCCAGGCUUCUCGAAAGGAGUCAUCAAUCGUAGGAGAUUUCCGAGGAAAGGGAAAGGCAAUUGCGGAAGGCAGUAAUGCACCAGAUGUGCCUUUGAGAUGUUUUAACUGCAAUGAGUUGGGACAUGUGGCUAGGAAGUGUGUGAAGCCGAAGUGCAGGAAAUGUUACAAGUGUGGGCAGAAGGGACAUGUUGUUCGGGAGUGUACCCAACCUAAAGUUAUGAGAGAGAUGACUCAUCAACAGGCGCCAGCUAGGGCUGCAGCUGCACCUGUUAGGAUUGCACCUGUGGGGCAGGUGGCAAACCAUAAGUGUUUCAACUGCAAUGAGAUGGGCCAUGUUGGUCGAGCUUGCACGAAACAGAAGAACUUGGUGUGCUUCACAUGUGGCCAGACAGGGCACUUCUCAAGGGAUUGUACCCAGCAGCAGGGUAGGGGACAAGGGAACCAGCAGAGGCAACUGCCUCAGGGGCAGGCUAGGGUGUUUGCUAUUGGUCAGCAGAAUGCCGAGGAAGAAGAUACUGUUGUGGUAACAGGAUUCUGGACUCUUGUGUGA